AUGCCCAGCCCUACCUUAUAUGGCCUUAAACAAGCAAGUAGACAGUGGAACAUUAAACUAACUCAUGAAUUGUUGGGAAUGGGGUUCAAGCAAGCUAUUUCUGAUCCUUCUCUGUUUACAAGAGGCCAAAAUAAUGAAUUUGUAGCAUUACUUGUUUAUGUUGAUGAUGUGGUCAUUGCUAGUCCUGAUAUAAGCCAAGUGGAACAGAUUAAGAAGCAUUUGGAUGAAGCCUUUCACAUUAAGGACUUAGGUCCUCUAAGGUUCUUUCUGGGACUAGAAGUUGCAAGAAGCAGUAAAGGAAUCUCAAUGACUCAGAGAAAAUAUACCAUGGAACUGCUUGAGGAAACAAUUGGAUUGCACACUAAUGGCUCAACAAGGACCACUGGCAACACCUUACAGGAUGCUACUCAAUAUAGAAAGCUUAUUGGAAAGUUGUUAUAUCUAACCAUAACUAGACCUGAUAUCAGUUAUGCUGUACAACAACUAUCUCAGUUUUUGGAUUGUCCCACUGACCUACACAUGCAGGCAGCUCAUAGCGUAUUGAGAUAUAUCAAGGGAGCUCCAGGACAAGGCCUUUUCUUCUCAGUAAAAUCUCCCUUGCAGCUCAAAGGUUUCACUAAUUCAGACUGGGCAGCUUGUCCAGAUACCAGGAGGUCUAUUACUGGUUUUUGCAUCUUCCUAGGCAAUACAUUGGUGUCUUGGAGAUCUAAGAAACAAGUUACAAUCUCAAGAAGUUCCUUUGAAGCAGAAUACAGGGCUCUUGGCACAACUGCAUGUGAGAUCCAAUGGUUAGUCUAUCUAUUGCAGGAUCUGGGGAUAAAUGAUAGUCCUACAGUCAUGUUAUUUUGUGAUAGCAAACCAGCUAUUGCAAUAGCUGAAAAUCCAGUAUUCCAUGAAAGGACAAAGCAUAUUGAAAUAGAUUGUCACCUAGUAUGGGAGAAGCUACAUAAGGGAGUACUGAAACUACUACAUGUCACCACUGCAAACCAGCUUGUAGAUGUCUUCACUAAGCCACAUGCAGCAACUUCAUUUUAUGGUUUGGUGUCCAAGCUGUCUCUCCAUGAUAUGUAUGCUCCAGCUUGCGAGGGAUGUUGA